AUAUUAAAGAAUAAUAGUCAACAUGAUCUGGUCACCGACAAGCAACAAAUACGGAGUUGCAAUACACAACUGGCACGGUGAUGUGACGCAUGGACUAGCGCUAGAUGUGGGAGACUGCGUGGAAAUACUCGAAGAAACAGCCUACUGGUUUCGUGGCACAUGUCCACGGAAGCCUCGCAAGGUGGGACUGUUUCCAAAAUCGUACAUUCAUCUGAAAGACCUCUCGAAGGUGGAUCCUGUGGUUGCAGAAUGCACGCUAGUGUUACGCGAGUGGUCCGAAAUUUGGAAGCGAUUGUUUGUGGAACGCGAGGAAUACAAAUUUACGUCACUGCGCAAGGUAAUGCUGGCAUUGCUCGAAAGCCGCCGAGAGCUGUUAAGCUCUACGCUAACCCAGGAUCAGACUUAUGAGCUGCAAAUGAAAGUGAUAUCAAAAAUUGAUUGGGGAAAUCGAAAACUUGGCUUAGAUCUUGUACCUCGAUCUGGCACCCUAGCAGUGGAUCCACAGAAAAUUGGUAUAGUAUCACUUCACCAAGUACACGUUAACAGUGCUGAAAAUGCAAAGGCAGCAUCGAACCGUGGAACUCUGCGGCGAAAAGCAGGUAAAAAAAUACACACGCAUCAUCUGUACUUUUGCAUGCGUGAUUUUGGACACCGGAUAGGGGACGAUGCAGAAAUCUAUUUCUACCUGUACGAUGGCAACACUAAUCGUAUGCGGGCGCUCUCGGAGCGCUUUCUAGUGCGGAUCGCACGUGACGGCUUUUCGACGUACGUAGAAACGAGCCAUAACUGUACCAUCUUCACCGAUCUUGGAUCAUCCGAUCUGAAUCAGGACCUUUACCUGAUUGCCAAUGUAAUGCGCGUAGGAAAAAUGCUUCAUUCGGAGUCAGUGAAGAAGGGCGAUAAACUGACAACUACGACGCAUGCUUAUCGUCGGCCGUAUGGCGUUGGUGUGCUGCCAUUGAAUGAAAUCGUCCAAUUCGAUUACAGCGUCGAGUCGGAGGAAAAAGAAUUUAGCUUUAAGAUUUUUCAGUGCGAGGAAAAAGACUAUCACCAACUGCACGAGCUUAUCAUAAAGAAAGCGAGCGGAAAAUUUCAACCAAUCAAUGCAAGCACCCAGGGACACUACGGGCUAGUAGUGUCCAUGAAACUGCUACACGGCGAAAUCAGUCAGGCAAAGCUGGAGCAACCUAUCCUGUUUCAGGGUACUGCCAUUACCAAAAAGAUAGGCUUCCCCGAUGUGAUCAUGCCGGGUGAUGUACGUAACGAUCUGUUUCUAACGCUAGAAAGAGGUGAAUUCGAGCGCGUCGGCAUAAGUACGGCCAAAAACAUAGAGAUUACUGCUUUGGUGCUGGAUGAAAAUGGACGUGUGGUGCAGGAAUGCAUUGCGAUCGCGUCCGGAAGUCCGUUGCAAGCGUACUACAAAUCGAUGGUGCUGUACCAUAACAACUCGCCGGCUUGGAACGAAACGAUCCGGAUGUUUGUGCCGAUCGAUAAGUUCAGCAAGGCACAUGUUCGCUUCGAGUUCCGCAGCUGUUCGACGAGGGACAAAUCGGACCCAAAGCUGUUCGGAUUCAGCUUCGCACGGCUCAUGGAAACCGGUGGUGCUACCAUAGCCGAUGGAGCCCAUGAAUUGUACGUAUACAAAUGUGAAGAUCCGUUAAAGGUGCAACCGAACGUGUAUCUAAGGCUACCGUGUUCUGCCGGGGACCGGCAAGCGGUGGGCGAUUCACCCUCACCGUAUCACCGCAGUUCGAAAGAAGCCUUUUAUGUGCGCACUAUCCUUUGCUCAACGAAGCUGACACAAAAUGGAGAUUUACUAUCGUUGCUUCAGUGGCGCAACAGACCAGAAGGCAUACAGGAUUCGCUGCAGCGCGUACUUCGGCUGCACAAUGAAGAGCUGAUCAAAUUCUUGCAGGACGUACUGGAUGCGCUGUUUGCGCUGUUCUCGACCGACGAUGGUAACAGUACGCCGCAUUCGGGGCUUGUGUUUCACGUGCUAGUCAACAUAUUUAGUCUGAUGCAGAGUAGCAAAUUUCAACACUUCAAACCGGUAAUGGACGCAUACAUACGCAAUCAUUUCGCAGCACCAUUAGUGUAUCAAGGACUCCUAUCGUCGGUGCAGCACCUAGCGGACUGGUUGACGACUACAGACAAUCUGGAACCGAUCGUGCAGUGUUUUUGUUCGCUCGAGUUUAUCUUCAAGCUAAUCAUUCAAUCACGCAAACUGUUCGCUCACGCAUCGGGCGGUCAGUAUGAGGAUAAGUUUAAAAAUGAUCUGUUUUCGGUUUUCCUCUCGCUUAAUGGUAUGCUCGCAGUACCGAGUACUACACAAAUUCUAGCGACACAGGAAGCGCUGCUCAGUAACGCAGGCGUCGUGUUUGAACAGUUGCGUACCAUCAUUACUCGUCCGGAGCUGGAAACACUUGUCAAAUCCAUGUUGGACGCUGUUCCGAAGGAUGCACAACCACCACUGAUACAGGCAAAGCUGAAAUCCAUCAAGGAUAUGGUAUCCGGUCAACUCUUCCAAGACGACGAAUUGCGCUCCGUUAUACUGAACAUUGCGUGCAAGCAUCUUCGCAUUCAUCUAGCUCGCAGAGAUGAGUUAAGACUGUGCUCGGAAAUACUCGCUGAGGUGCUGAUAAAGUUGUAUGAAGCGAAAGCCAAAACUGGCGAAAAACCAUCGAACGCCAUCCAUCACGAUCUAGACACACUGUUUGCAAACAUCUUUCCCAUUCUGCUACAAACGAUCAACGUGCUGAGCAAUGGCGGGAACGAAAAUCUUGUCUGCUCGCUGUUUGCGGUAAAGCUAGGACUGCUACAGCUGCUCGACGAAUCACACUACCAACGCAUGUGGGAUCGACAGCAAAGUGGCAGCAGUCCGACAGCCGUAGGUGCCAUUGUCGGAGGAAAGGAGCUGCGCGAUUUCAUUCAGCAAUGCUUGGCCAUCUUCAAAGACAUACUGGAACAAGAUUGGAUGAUUUUCUCGAAAGAUUGGUUGGUGAUGAAAAUGGCCGCAAACGAUGUCUUGCGGCGUACGUUGGAGGAGCUAGCAAAGCCACUGGUAUACCGCUUCCUGGGUCCACAAUCGUUCGAUUCGCAGCUUUGGUGGUCGUACUUUAGCGUUGCGGUCAUCUUCCUCACCCAGCCAUCGCUGCAAAUCGAGCAGUAUCAUGAGACAAAACGGCGCAAAAUAUUGAGCACGCAUGGCGAUAUGCGCGUGAUGAUGGGCUUUCAAAUAUUGAGCAUGUGGGCACAGCUCGGUGAGCACAAGCUGCACUUUAUUCCGUCGAUGGUGGGACCAUUUUUGGAGGUUACGCUCGUUCCCGAACCGGCAUUACGGAAGGCUACGUUUACGGUGUUCUACGACAUGAUGCAGUGUGAACAGGUUUCCCGUGGAUCAUUCCGGCUGGUAGAAAGCGAACUGAUCGAUAAGCUGGAUUUACUUAUUAGUGAAAACAAGGGAGACGAUGAAUAUCGCGAACUAUUUAGUACGAUGGAGCAACUGUGUCUAGCACUGUUGGAACGGGUGCAGACGGAGAAUCCUUCCUGGCGCGAGUCUGGAAUUGCAUUCAUUUCCUCCGUAACGCGGCUGUUGGAACGGCUCCUCGACUAUCGCAGCGUCAUGCAGGGUGAUGAAAACCGUGACAAACGUAUGACCUGUACGGUGAAUUUGCUCAACUUCUACAACGAUGAAAUCAAUCGCAAGGAAAUGUACGUCCGUUACAUCUACAAACUGUUGGAUCUGCAUCUGGGGGCGGAAAACUACGUCGAGGCAGGUCUUACGCUUAAGCUGUACGCCGAUAUGCUAUCCUGGGACAGUGAAAACAUUUCCGAAUCGGAAUCGAACGGUCCACGGGAAUGGGAGCAGAAGGAGAAAAUUUACAAAAAUAUUAUAAGCUAUUUCGACAAGGGCAAAUGCUGGGAGAAGGGCAUCCCACUGUGCAAGGAGUUGGCCAUGUUUUACGAGCGCAAGCGAUUCGAUUACAACCGGCUGAGUGAUGUGCUGGUCCAGGAAGCGAAAUUCUUCCAGAACAUACUCACCCAACUGCGUCCCGAGCCGGAAUACUUUCGCGUAGGGUACUACGGUACCGGAUUUCCAUCAUUUGUUCGAAACAAACAAUUCAUUUACCGUGGUCUGGAGUAUGAACGGAUUGGAGCAUUCAUACAGCGGCUGCAGACAGAGUUCCCGACUGCGCUGAUACUAGACAAGAAGCAAUAUCCACCGGAUAGCUCAAUACUCAACUCGUCCGAGCAACGGUUCCACGUCGUUAAUGUGCGACCGAUCGCCGAUCCGUACCAUCUUAAAAGUGCCAAAGUGACCGUCCCGGAAAAGAUUUCCAAGUACUACGAAGUGAACGACGUUACCCGGUUCCAGUACGAUCGGCCCGUGCACAAAGGUACGGUUGACAAGGACAAUGAGUUCAAGUCUCUGUGGAUUGUUCGAACAAUUUACGAAACGGCUCAACCCUUACCGGGCAUCUUGCGGUGGUUCGAAGUGAGCAAGACUUCGGAACAUGAGCUAACGCCGGUGGAGUUUGCGUGCGAAACCAUAGCGAACGUAAACAAGGAGCUGUCCGAUCUGAUCAUCCAGUAUCGGCUUGAUCCGAAGCGUAAUCUUAACCCGUUUACGAUGCGUCUGCAAGGAUCGGUCGAUGCGAACGUGAACGGAGGUUUCAGCAAGUAUCAGGAUGCGUUCUUCUCCGAGCGCUUUGCCAAAUCGACCGAGGGUCGUGACCAAAGUGUGCACGUGCAACGGUUGAAGCGAUUGAUCUUCGAGCAGAUGCAAAUACUGCGCCAAGCGUUGGAACUUCAUCGUAGUCUUGCACCAGAACAGGUGUUGCCUCUGCACAACCGGCUGUCGGAAGCGUUCCUCGAGUUGGAGAAGAGUACGGCCGAAUGGAAGACGAACAUUAACAUUCCAACAAAACCUCUCCCUCCGCUACCGAUCGGUCAACAGCAGCAAGGGGGUGAACCGUGUUCGGGUGGGAAGAUCGGUACGAUGAACGGUGGACCCCAGGAGUUGGCUUACUUCCCGGAAGAUUAUGACGGCACGUACAUGUCCGUAAACAAAAAGGCUCUUUCGCUGUCGGGAAUCGUUCCUAUGACGGCAUUGACCUCCUCCCCUGUACCAAAUAUUCCUCCGCGUGAUAGUGCCGGCGGUAUGAUGCUGCCAGCAGUGUGUUCACCUACCGCACCACCAUUACCACCGCGUGGUCAUACACCCGACAAGCGUAGCUCCAAUCCGAUGCCAUUUACCGAGUACGUAGAGCAGCAACAGCUUCAACAGCAGCAGCAUGCCGGGCAGCACAGCUUGCCGGGCAAGAACCGGCAAAAGAAGUACUCACUGUACGAAAUAUCGCUCAACGACAGUGGUAAUUACGGCAGUCCACGGAAUUUGAGCGAGUUUAGGCAAGGGUUCUAUCGCGAUUCGGGCAUUUCUACCAGCACCCAGGAAUUGAACAAUCUCAACGUCGCAUCAUCCUCCUCGGGGACAGUGGCAGUAGGUGAAGGUGGGUGUGUUGCACCACCAUCCCACCAACACUACCAUCAACCGAUGGCCAUUCAUUCAUCUACCGUAACGCCACACGACGAUUACAAUAUCAUUGCAAAUGGAAAUACCCUACAGCUGGCGAUGUCACAGCAACCAUCCAUAGUCCGUGGUCAUCAGAAGACCAACUCCAAUCCUGAGGCGUACCAAAGCAUUCCAAUGAUGGCGGGAACAUCACCUUCAACUGGCUUGACGCAACCACCGCCACCGCCGAUUCCGCCAAAGUCGGCAUCCUUGCACCAUCAGCAUUCGCUUCCGGCUGGAGGCCUUGGAGCUGGAACGGUGGUCAGCAAUAAUAACAAUAACAACAACAACAACAAUAAUAACAGUUCCCUCGGGUUCCAUGGGCAGCACUAUCACCACCAUCAGCGCAAUCAGUCGCUUAAUCUAAGCACGAAUAGUUCGUCCGACGGUGAGCAGUUAAGCUUGAACGACAUUAGCCCAGCGCCACCGCCAAUGUUUAACGAUAACUUUAGCGAUUCGUUUAGCGACGAGUGCGACAAUCCAGCUGGCAGUGGUGGUGGUGGCGGCGGCGUUCAGCGUGCCAAGCUGACACCUAGCCCAGGACGGUCGGGAGGGGGUUCGGGUGUGAACGGAACGUCCGGUGAAGCGUUGGAACUUAGUUCCAUCACAACGACAACUACCACGACCACGAUCAUUUCCUUGCGGCGGGAUGAUGAGGAUGAAAUAUUCUAUUAAGCUUGAUCGUCUGCGUGA